AUGAACGUGCGGCACGCUCAAAUCCCGGAGGCCCAUAGCAAAACAUUCGAAUGGGCAUAUACAUCGCAAUCAACAGCGGACCGCUCUUGUAAACAGUUCGAAUUUGCCGAGUGGCUACGGUCUGGAGACGGCCAUUACUGGAUUGCCGGCAAACCGGGCUCUGGAAAAUCAACGCUCGUCAAAUUUCUAUAUGACAACCCCCGAACACUCUUAGAGCUGCAAGAUUGGCGCGGGCAGAAAGAAUUGGUUACCACGGGCUUCUUCUUCUGGAAUUCUGGCACAAAAAGACAAAAAUCCGUAGAAGGCCUGCUCCAGUCCCUUUUGUACGAGAUACUAAGAAAGUGCCCGAGUCUUAUUCCUAUAGUAGCACCACAAAGAUGGCAAGAAAAAUCUUUGAGCCACUCAGAACCUGCACCCUGGUUUCAGGGGGAGAUGAAGGAUACGUUCCGACGUAUUCAAGAGCAAGGCACCAUAUCUGCAAAGUUCUGUUUCUUUAUUGACGGCCUUGAUGAGUACGACGGAGACCAAUCAGAUCUCAUCAACAUACUUCAAGACCUUACAACAUCGCCUGAUAUCAAGCUAUGUGUUUCAAGUCGACCCUGGAACGUCUUCCAAGAUGCUUUCGGCCAAGAUACUGAACGCAGACUCUUUUUGGAAGAUCUUACGAAGCCUGAUAUUGAACGAUUCGUUCGCGACAAGCUGGAGUCUAGCCCGCAGUUCAUGUCUUCAAUCACCAUGGAUAAUCGAUACGAUGAACUUGUCGAAGACAUCGUGCGAAAAGCUGAUGGAGUAUUCUUAUGGGUGUUUCUCAUUGUCCGAUCACUCUUGCAAGGUCUGUUGAAUUGCGACCGACUCUCCGAAUUACAGCGAAGGAUACGUCUUCUCCCUUCGACACUGGAAGAGUAUUUCCUACAUAUCCUUUCUACUACUGACGGUGCCCACUCGGAACGUGCGGCAGAGACUUUCGAAAUCGCUCUCAAAGCUACUUACCCUAUGUCCUUGCUUGUAUAUUCAUACGUCGAUGAAGAAGACCCAUGCUAUGGAAUCAAUGCAGAGAUCAAGGAGCCGUCGCGUCAAGAGAUCAUACACCGAUUGCAAAUUACGAAAAGACGCCUCAAUGCACGCUGCAAUGGAUUGCUCGAGAUUCUGAUCGCCAGUGACGAUGACGAUAAACGUGAACUUCUCAGAAAUAUCAUCGAUGAUCCUGGAGACUCACCAGUCGCAACCAAUACUAUCGACAAGAGCACUCUCUUUGAUGUAUUCAUCGUUAACUUUCUCCACCGGACGGUUAAAGAUUUUCUCAACACUGAGGCCAUUCAGAAAAUGAUUAGACAAAACAUAAAAACCGAUUUCCAACCACUAUCUACAAUAGGUCGAGCACUCCUAGCUCAAAUCAAAGCACUGCCGACCCAAUUUUCCCGCUCGUCCAAAAAGACAUAA